AUGAUGUUUGCGAUACUGGAGAUGACGACAGGAAACAGUGGCUAUGAUGCUGACAGUGGUGAUUCAGUCGCGCCGCAAGCCUCGGCCAAGCUGUCCGCGUACUUCGCGCAUGGAUAUCUGCACGGCCAGCUCCUGGAGAGUGCACAGUACACCUCGGACUGCGUCGGCGAGCUUCGCACUUUCCGGUUCGAUGCAAGCGACGGGCCCGUUCAGGUCUGCCAGCACCCGAUCGACCUCCGGGAUUCCUCAUGCGACGGAGGAUUUGUGGUGCUGUACCACUACACAAAUGCCCUGGCUUUUGAGAACAUCGCCAACUCGGCGCAAUCGGCUGCAGAGCUUUUUGCAUCACUGGUGGAGAAGCGCGCGCAGUUCGGCGAAGGAGUGUAUGCUUCUCAGUAUGAGCCUUCCGUCUGGCAACUGCGCCUGCGCAUUCUCCUGAACAACUACAGCAACGCCGGUCUUUUCCGUGACGCCCCCAGUCACUGUCGGUUUUUAAUACCUUUUACUGGUUUCGAGUGA